AUGGAUAUCAGUGAUUCUAAAGAAAAUAGAAAUGAUUUAGAUGGAAAGAUUAAAGAUAAUAUCGAAAUUCACCCCCAAGAUGCCCAUGUAAAUACUGUUGGAAAUAUGAAUGCUAGCGAUGGAGAAAAUAAGAGUGAAUAUAAUGAAGACUCUGAAGAUAGUGCCCAAGAUGAAAAUGAAGAUGAAAGUGAAGAAGAUGAAGAAGAGAAAGGCGGAAACGAAUAUGUAGAUGAAGCUCUUAAAUAUGAUAUCAAUUUUAUAAAUUAUAAUCAAGUACCUACUUCCCAAUUAAUUAAAGCUCAAAUAAACAAUGGGUUUGAAAAUGCACACUUAGUAAAUAAUAUUAUCCAAAAUUCAAUAAAUAAUCCAAAUAUUAAAAAUAAUAAUGAUAUAAAUAACCAACUUCAAAAUAUUCAAAAAGCACACAAAAUCCAAAUAGAUACCCAAAAUAAAAAUUUAAGAGAAAUUGGGAUUUUACAAAAUAAAAAAGAAAAAAUUGAAGAACAAUAUCAAAUCAAAAUGAAGAAACUAUUAAAUAUUCAAGCAAAUAGAUUAGAGUCAUUUGAACAAGAUAUACAUAAUCCUGAUAAUAAAAUUAAUUAUGAUGAUUACUUAAUUAAAUUAAUAUAUACUUUAAGGAGAUUACACAUUCAAUCAUUUAGAGAAUUUAGAUGUUUAUAUAACAUGUAUUAUCAAUAUAGAAUUACAGUUGAUGGGCUAAAAGUCGCCCCAGGCGACCCAAAACUAAUGAAACAUGAAUUUUUUGAUUUUGAUAAUUCUUUUUUUUACAAAUAUUUAUUCAAUUAUAAACUUCAAAAUGACAUUAAUAAUAGCAAAAACAUCAAUAAUAACAAUAACAAUAAUAGUAAUGAAAAUUUUAUAAACAGUAAUAACUCAAGAGACACAACCACUACUACCACUAAUCAAUAUAAAAGAUUCAAAACUGAUAACGAUAUUUUUUGUGACAAAUUUUUAAAUAGUAUUAGUUCAAAUGAAAUUAAUUUCGCUGACUCCAGUUCAUUUACCAAAAGAGAAACACAUCUUUUAAAAAUGUUAAAACAAUCAGAAAAAGACAAGAGUAAAAAAGAGAAAAUUAUUGAUGAGUUACAAAGAGAUGUAACUUUUUAUAGUGAAACAUUAAUAACAAACAACAUCAAAAAGAAUAAGAAGAUUUUAGAACUAAAAGAAAUAAUACUCAAAAAAGAGUCUGAAAUCGGAACACUUCAAAAUAAGUUUGAUAGCAUUAGAGAAUAUUUUUCAAAAGUAAGAGAAAUUUAUGAAAGUGAACAAAACGAAGCUAUUGCACAAAUUUUUCAUUCUGACACCCAAAGUAUGAACUUAAAAUCAAGUACGGAAUACCAUGAUGAAGCUAAAAAGGAAAGAGAUAAUGUCACUAUAGAAUCAUUAAAAAAAGAGAAUCAAUUACUUUUAGAAAAAGUCAAUCAAAUUGGAUUAAAAAACUCCCAAUUAGAAAAAGAAAAGGAAAAGCUUCUCUCUUAUCAUCAAGAAAAAGAUUUGAAAUAUAAAGAAUCACCUCAAAUUUUACAAGAUCCAAACAAUGAAACUGGUUCCCAAAAUCUUUAA